AUGAAAUUUGUAAUAGCCAUAAUACUAAAAUUAAUUGUGAUUGGAGAAUGUUGCUAAACUCAAGAAAAAAUAAAGAAAUCAAUAGUUCGAGGAGGUUAUAAAAAUGUGUUGCAUUUAAAUAAUGGUGCUCUAAUAAGUUCAAGAAUCAUGAAUUAUUUUAAUUAAGGAUAGAUAAAAUCAUUAUGCUUGAGAGAUUCAAUCUAUAAUACAGAUUGGACACAAGGAUAUUAUGCUUGCCAUUAAGGUGGAUCAAUUAUAAUUGAUUUGAUUUAAACUUAUGAAUUGAAUACAUUAAAGCUUAGAAUUUGGGACUUAUAAUUUACACGAUGGUAUAAUUUAGAGGUUUAUGUCAUUUACAAUAAUAUAAAAACUCUAAUAUUUUAAUCAUUAGCUUAAAGUGUAAUUGCUAUAAAAUUUAAAGAUUAAUAUGUUGGAUAAAUAGAAAUAUUUAAUAGAAAUGGAAAUACAGUUCAUUCAAAGCUUGAAAUAAUUAAAAUUGAAGCUUUUUAUUAGAUAAGAAAGUAAUAAUGA